GGUCCGCGGAGGGAGCGGCUGGGCGGAGAAGCCUCCGGAUCGGGGGUGCCCCCUCUGCUCACUCCGACCCCGCCGCUCCUGCCCCCGGGGCCGCUCGCCCGGCGAGUCGCGGAGCAGCGGCAGGCGAGCGAUGAAGACGGGGAGACUCCGGGCGCGAGGAGGCGGGGCGGGGGAGGCCGGGAGAGCGCGCGGGCGGAGGCUGGCAGGGGGCGCUGGAGGCCGGAGCCUCCGGUGCGCUCCUCGCGCCCGAGGGUGCAGGAGGCUCUGAGCCGCGGCAGCAGCGCGAGCCUCCGGGGCACCGGCGGCGGCGGGGCUGCAAGUGGAGGCGCUGCCACCCCCGGGGGCGUCGCCGGCCUCGGCCCCUUUGUUCUCGCGCGCUCCCUCUCGCCGCCCACUCCCCUGCUGUCGCGCGGCGGCGGCGGCGGCUCCUCCCGCCCGAGGCGGUCGGGCUCGGCGCCGGGGGCCGGGGGCGGGGGGGAGCGCGCCAGCCGCCGGGAGUUGGGGGCGAUGGCGAAGCUCCGGGUGGCUUACGAGUACACGGAAGCCGAGGACAAGAGCAUCCGGCUCGGCUUGUUUCUCAUCAUCUCCGGCGUCGUGUCGCUCUUCAUCUUCGGCUUCUGCUGGCUCAGUCCCGCGCUGCAGGAUCUGCAAGCCACGGCGGCCAACUGCACGGUGCUGUCGGUGCAGCAGAUCGGCGAGGUGUUCGAGUGCACCUUCACCUGUGGCGCCGACUGCAGGGGCACCGCUCAGUACCCCUGCGUCCAGGUCUACGUGAACAACUCCGAGUCCAACUCCAGGGCGCUGCUGCACAGCGACGAGCACCAGCUCCUGACCAACCCCAAGUGCUCCUAUAUCCCUCCCUGUAAGAGAGAAAAUCAGAAGAACUUGGAAAGUGUCAUGAAUUGGCAACAGUACUGGAAAGAUGAGAUUGGUUCCCAGCCAUUUACUUGCUAUUUUAAUCAAUUUCAAAGACCAGACGACGUACUCCUGCAUCGCACACAUGAUGAGAUUGUCCUCCUGCAUUGCUUCCUCUGGCCCCUGGUGACAUUUGUGGUGGGCGUCCUUAUUGUGGUCCUGACCAUCUGUGCCAAGAGCCUGGCCGUCAAGGCAGAAGCCAUGAAGAAGCGCAAGUUCUCUUAGAGGGGAGUAGACAUGUGGAAAGCAAAGCACAGAAGUUGCACCCAUUGGCACACAUCUACCUGCAGAGCCUGUUCCCGGUGCAGGAGAUGGAAGGGGCUAUGAGAGGUCUCUGAGAGGCUCCCCCCUCAAUGGCAGCAGCAACAGGCACAACUGGAAGACUUAGAACCUCAUAGAUGAUAUUCUUUGUGUUGUAGCCAUGGCUAAAGGGUCAAGCUCUAGCUGUCUGGAGUAAAAUUCAGAAACUCUGAUAAAAUGUUAAUUUUUUGGAAAGUCUCAGUGUAUAAUUGUACAGUGUAGUAUACAAAUCAUGAUGAUUUAUGGUAUUUAAAAAUAUUAAACUAGAGUGAUCUGUG